AUGUCUUCCGUCUUCAGUUAUGCCUACACUGUUUCUUUUCCCAAGGACUCCAAAAUCUCCCCGGCUCAAGCAUUCGAGGCCCUCCGCUACAAAGCCCGGGCCCCGAUGGCUUUUGUUGCUAUUGCCUCUUGUGAAGUUCUCGAAGAGAAUCCUAAAUACAUCAAGCGCAAGGUAGCCAUGAAGAACGGCAUGGAGAUGACCGAAGAUAUAGACCUAUAUGCACCAUCAUUGGUCACCUUCAAGGGGGAUUCAGGCUCCUUCAUUACAAACCUAAUCUCUGAGAAUGCUGAUGGAGAGCGUUUCCUAACGUUCACAUUUUUCAUGCCUCUUCCAGGAAUUGAGCCUGGAAGCAAUGCCGAAGUUGAAAAGAAGAAGGAGUUGCGUGAACUCGUCAUUGCGGGCGUAACACAAACUCUGGAGGUUACAUUGAAGAUGUUUGAGGAAGGGAAACUUAACUAG